UUAGUUUCUGUUUGCCGCGAGUAUGUUGAUGCCAAAACAGCUGACCACGACAGGAUCGUACAAGCAAAACGUAGCUGUGCUUCGUAGCAUUGAUCGGAAUUGAUACUGAUUGUUGCGUUCUAUGAUCGCACAAAAAGUACAUCUGCUUGUUGCGAACGUUUCUUUUAUAUCAGACGACGCUGUCGACCGCCACCGCCAUGCUUUGUAUGUUGUUCGCAAAGCACGCAAAGUAAUCGUCAGGACCAUUUGUUUUGGAUGAUGCGUUGGACGUCACUAGAUCAGUAACAGUGGAAAUAAGCAUCUGUUCAUGACAGGGUUAUUAAACAGAAAAUCACGACCUGUCACGAUGUACGGUAGAAGAGGCCUAUUUUGGCAAAUUGAAGACUCGUCGUAUGGUUAUUCAACUCCGUUUCAGCUAUUCGACGCUGCAAAAGGAAGCCGGACUUUUGUCCAGAAACUGAGUCUACAGGCUAAGUUACCAGUCCACAACGGUUGCGUAAAUACCAUCUGUUGGAAUGAUGCUGGCACCCUCCUUCUGUCAGGGUCAGAUGACCAACAUCUAUGCAUUACAAACGGGUACAGCCACGAAGUCGUGGCAGACAUUAGAACAGGCCAUACUGCCAACAUCUUCAGCGCAAAAUUCUUGCCAAACACUAGUGAUCACCUCGUGGUGUCCUGCUCAGGGGACGGUGUCAUAGCCUACUCUGAUGUAGAACGGCCUGAAACCAGCUUGCACAACCUGUGGACUUGUCACUUUGGCACAGCGUAUGAGAUUGCCACUGUCCCCAAUGACCCACACUCAUUCUUGUCAUGUGGAGAAGAUGGCACAGUGCGGUGGUUUGACCUGCGCACGAAAUGCAGUUGCUCUGUGGAUGACUGUAAGGAGGACAUACUUAUCAACUGCCACCGUGCAGUGACUUCCAUCUCCGUCAACCCCCUGACGCCUUAUCACUUGGCAGUUGGAUGCUCGGAUUCAACAGUGAGAGUGUUCGAUAGGAGAAUGCUGGGAACACGUUCAACAGGCAACUACAUGAGCAACAGCCUGGAUGCCAUGGUGUCCCGCUUUACAGUGCCAGAAUUUGAAGGUCGAGGUCAUAGAAUCACAUCUCUCACGUACAGUUCUAAUGGCCGGGAGAUGCUGGUCAGCUACUCAUCAGACUACAUCUACUUGUUUGAUGCACGGGACGAUGGCCAGGUGAACCGAAAAGCUUAUGGUGCUGACUCACAAGCCUCAUCCACUGAUGGCAAACCCACAGACUCUCGCCUGUCGAUGAAGCGUCUUAGAGUUCGUGGAGACUGGUCAGACACUGGACCUAACGCAAGACCAGAGCGUGAAAUGAGAGCAGCUUUGGGAGAACAGCAGCCACGAUCUCUGCACGCCAGCUUGAUGCAGCGCAUGUCGGACGUCUUGACCCGUAUGUUCAACACCACAAUGUCCCGCAAUAGGACAGCGCUGACGUCAUCUUCGUCCGCAUCAUCGGCACAAAGUGCAGGCGAGAGCUCAACCGAGGAGGAAGCUGAUGCUCCAACAUCGAGACAAUCUCGUCGAGCACGCAUUGCCCAAGUUCUCCAACGAAAGUUUAGGCAGAGGAUGGCAAAUAGAAAGCAAGAAACAUCAGGAGCAUCUUCAUCAUCUGCGACAUCGUCAAAUCCUGUGGCACUUGACUUGACGCAGGCAAGCACUUCAUCAGCCACUGUAGAGUUGGAGUCCCAGGAAGCUGAUCAGUCAGCCACUGCUGCAUGCAACCUAUGCAACAGGCAUUGCGCAGAGCUCAUGGUGCACCUGCACUACAGUGGCUGCGGCACCAACAGCGGACUCAUCACCAUGGACAUGUCGGACCACUCGCCUCCCUCCCCAGCCUCUCCACAUUUGGCAACUGCAGUGUUGCCCACUCACGAUGCAGAGGAUGAAGAUGCCAUCUUCCACGACUCCGUCGAAGACAUCUCUGAAAGCGACUGCUUCCAGUCGGCCGCGGAGAAUGUAUCCCAAAUGGACGACGCCUCGUCGGAUGCCCGUGUAAGUGCAUCGGCUGAGAGGGACCUUGCAGAAGCGGAAGAUGCAUUGAUUGAUGAUGAGACCGCGCCUUUUGUCAUGUCCAUCGGGAGCCUCAGCGUCGACAAUACGAGUGAAGAUGAGGGCGAAAGAGAACGUAGGCACCGAAGAAGCUCAGACACAUCUCAUGAAUCUAGCACAACGAGACCUAAUAGGGCACGGUCCAGAAUCCAAAGGAGUCGGGUCUCAGAUAGUGUCCUACGUGCUAUGGCAGAGGAACUUCGGCUGCAGAAAGAAGAACAUGAAGAUGCCGAUCAAGAAAUGGAAAGGGUGCCACAGCCGAGGGUCAAGAAGCGUUAUAUGGGACACAGGAAUUCUAGGACAAUGAUUAAGGAGGCCACAUUCUGGGGCAAUGAUUUUGUCAUGAGUGGCUCAGACUGUGGCCACAUAUUCAUCUGGGACAAAGAGACCUGUGAUUUGGUAAUGAUCAUGGAAGCCGACCAUCAUGUGGUGAAUUGCCUGCAGCCACAUCCUUUUGACCCAAUCUUGGCAUCGAGUGGCAUUGAUUAUGACAUUAAGCUGUGGGCUCCACUUAGAGAGGAACCAUUCUUUGAUGCAGAGAAGGCAGCAGAGAUGAUCAAGCGCAAUGAGGUGAUGCUCGAGGAGACGAAAGACACAAUUACUGUACCUGCUACCUUCAUGAUUCGCAUGUUGGCCUCCUUAAAUCACUUGCGCUCUGCAGGUGGAAGAAUUCCAGGAUGGACAACGCGUGAAGGGCGCACAGAUGACCACUAAUUCACAUUCACUCGGUCUUCUGGCUACGAAUGACUUUUACCAAAUAAUUAUUUUUGUUUGUUUGAUUGUAGACAAUGCAUUAUUUAUGCAAACCUAGUCGUGUUCUCUUUCCAUCUCUAGCGAUGGCGUUGGGUCAUCUCGCACAUAAGUAAAUCUCAGUUGUGUGCCGGCCAUCAAUCAACUGUAUACGAGGUAUCUUUUACUCCACGAUAAAAGUAAGCGAGAAAUGGCUACGACAAUGUAUUAUGCAAGCGAAAGCAUGGUAUCAUGCAGCAAUGUGAAAUGAGCUAUUUAAUGGGAAAUGCCAUUUGAUUAGACUUGCGUUGACAUCCAUUUUAUUUUUAAUAGUAUGUGAGUCUGAUCGAUGCAUCAGAGUACCGACGUUUUGAAAUAAAUAGCUGAUAAACGCUC